CAGGACCCACGUUCGGUCCGGGGCUCAGACCGGGGCACGGGGGGACGAAGCCCGGUCCCGGUGUUCCGGUCCCGGUCCCGGUUCCGAUCCCGGGUCGCGGCUGAGCCAGGGUGGGGGCGUGGCCAGACCGGUCAGGUGACAGCGGAGCCCUGAGGAUGCGGGGCCGGAUCCCGGGAGUCUGCGGAGCCCCGGGGAUGCAGAGCCGGAUCCCGGCCCUGCUCGGCCUGGCCCUGGCCUUGGCAUCGCUGCUGCCAGCGGCCGGAGCGCGCCGGAGCCAGGACCUGCACUGCGGAGCCUGCCGGGCGCUGGUGGACGAGCUGGAGUGGGAGAUCGCCCAGGUGGACCCCAGAAAAACCAUCCAGAUGGGCUCGUUCCGCAUCAACCCCGACGGCAGCCAGUCGGUGGUGGAGGUGCCGUACGCCCGUUCCGAGGCGCACCUGACUGAGCUGCUGGAGCGGGUGUGCGAGAAGAUGAAGGAGUACGGCGAGAAGCUGGACCCGGCCACGCAGCGCAAGAGCUACGUCCGCGUCAUCUCCCACGACGGCACCAAGAUGGACCUGUCCGGGCUCAAAUUCGACGGGGACGUCACCUCCAGCUUGAAAUUCGCGUGUGAGAGCAUCGCUGAGGAGUACGAGGACGAGCUCAUCGAGUUUCUGUCGCACGAGGCUGAGAACGUCAAGGACCGGCUGUGCAGCAAGAGGACGGACCUGUGUGACCACGCGCUCCACAUCCCACACGACGAGCUGUGACUGCCUCCGGAGCGGGGACCGGGACGGCACCGGGACCCACCGGGACAUCCCCAGCACCCACCGGGACGUCCCCAGGACCCACCGGGACGUCCCCAGCACCCACCAGGACAUCCCCAGGACAGACAGAUCUCCGGGACCUCCCCGGUUGCCUUGCCCCGUGCGGAGCUCCCGUCCUAUUUAUUCCCCGUCCGGGGGCACCGGGACGGCCACGGGGCCGGGGCCACGUUCUUGCUCCUUUUGGGACAUUUCAGGGACAUUCCUGCCCCGCUGCCGGGGGACACGGGGACACAGCGGGGCUCAGCCCCCGCGGGGUGGGGGGUUUGGGGACCCCCCUGUGUUUUGCAGGCAAUAAAGGGGCCGUGGGCCCACCCGAGGGCA